GAGAGAUCUCCUCGCGCGAAAACACUCUCGCUGUUCUUCUUGAUUUCCCCCUCCCUCCACAUCCCCACAACGCUAAGGCUUGAGGUCUGGCCUGGAUACACGGAUUCACGCUGUAUUUUGUUCCCACCUCACCCAGCCCUCCGGCAACCAUACUCUUCUCAUAGUAUUCCCUUUCCUCUCGUCCAUCGUGAGCACACAUCUCAUACACAGGCAAAGGCGGGCGCUACACAGCAGCGCGCAUCAGUUUUAAACGCCGAGGAGCCCGAAAUUAGAAAACAGCGAAGAGCACUACCUCCGUCCUUCAUCCACGGUGGCCUUUGGCCAGUCGAUGUUUUUCUGGAAUGCAACGGACGGUGAGGUCGAGAGGGAACAACUGACCGAGGAUUCAGUCUGUUGGCAGUCAUUUCGGAAUUCGAAUUCUCACUCCACAGGUUACCUCACUGCUACCUCGAUUAUCUCGGCUGAUUCAAUAGCUUCUAUUGAAUCUAUUGCGCGCAUCUGGGCCGUUACCUGAUCCUGGCGCCAGCGCAGUACUUUAUAACAGCUUGCCUGAACUUCUUUGUUCAUCCAUGAUGUUGAUUGGCGUACGACCUUCCCCGCCCUUCGUACGACGCCAAACUAACGGCGGUGUCGAAACAAAUACAACGGAAACCACAACUUCCGGAGCACCAACACCAUCUUUCUCGCCGUCUUCACUCUCGAAUAGCUCAUCCUCGUCUAGUUCAUCCCCAUCUCCGACCUCCUCAUCUGUGUCCACGACCAUCACUUCCGUUUCAUCCACUGCCACGAGUUCUACAUCGAGUCCUAGUGCCACUCUUUCUUCCGAAACUCAACGUUCUUCAGGAGUCCCGACAUCGACAUUGAUCGGGGCUAUUGUUGGUGGGGCCAUUGGCCUUGUUUUACUACUGGUUCUACUCUCAAUCCUGUUCACUGCUUGUCGUAGAAGAAGGAACGAUGUUCAGAAGCGUCCACAAUCGUCUGUGGUACUUGAUGGAAUGCUGCCAUCUAGAUCUAAAAGGCCAAAAACUAUUUAUAAUAUCGACUCGUUUCUUGGCUCUGCGAAACCCUCCCACGAACAUCACAAAAGAGAAAUGUCAGAUGUACCUCUACUCCCAGACGGAAGUAGGCCGGGCACCGCUUACGAUCCCUCGGAUGGAGUGGACGAACAUGGUGUAGUCGAUCGAUACACAGACGGGCCCCCGCCCAGCCCAGCUAGCACUGCCCCCCACACCGAGUUCCCCCAUCUUGUUUCACCCUACUCGGCAGACGGCCACGGGGACGAUGUGGUUCAUCAAUCGCCUCCCAUUGCCAGUUUGUCCAUGAGCUCUCACUCAACCGGCACCACGUUUGUGCCGUUGACCGUGCCCCCCGCUGGAUUUUCAGUCAGGUUGAUCAACGAACAAAGCAACGGAUCCGCUUCCGAGUCCCAGGACUCGACCUCACCUAUCCCGACAAUUCCACCACCACCUUCAAGUUCACAUUCCACUACCUAA